GAGAACUACCUAACCUACUUAAACCCCGCGCUACCUACCCCCUACCCCUACUUUUCUCGUAUAUACCUGCAGUAAGAAACAGCAGCAACAGUAGCAGCAGCAGCAGAAAAAAUGUCCGAAGGCAACAUCAACCUCAACAACUUCGACCUCGCGAAGCUGAACGAGAGCGACAAGGCGGAACUGCGGCAGUUCUUCGCGAACGAGGGGCAGAAGGCUCGCAUUCAGACCACCGUCCACAACCUAACCGACAUGUGCUUCCGGAAGUGCGUGACGGGCGCUAUACGCAGCGGCAAGCUGGACCGGGCCGAGGAGGGGUGCAUGGCCAACUGCGCCGACCGCUUCAUCGACGUCAGCCAGCUGACCGUCAAGCACCUGCAGAACAUGCGCCAGGGCUAGAAACGGAAACGUCUACGUCAACAACGUCAAUGACAACGACAAAUGUCAACCUGGACAAGGCGAGGGCGAGGCGAAAACUCGUAGAUCCAUAGGAGGAGGAGGAAGAAGAAUAGGAGAAGGAGGUAUACAUGGAUGGAUGGAUUGGAUUGGAUCUGACGAUAUCCAGUAUGCGCUGGCCCCGUGGGGAACAAUAAAUAAAUUACGUUGUGAUGGCAGGGACAUUGUACGAAUAGUUACGAGAGGAGCAUGAAUGAAUGGGAAACCCAGCGUGUGGAAACAAACUAUCUCAAACGCGGCAUCCGAGGACCGGGUUCAAGGCGCCAAGUGGACGACAUACAUACAGAAAUAUACGGUCAUAGAAUCACCAUAAAUAGAGCACUUGGGAAAGUUGAAACAGCCA